AUGGACGCUGGCGGUCUUGCUCAAAUGUCUUACAAUUCUUCCUUCAAUAAUGGCAAUUCCCUGGGUGUGCCAGGCUCUGGCUUCGCCUCGCGCGGCAAAGGUUCUCACAUCAAGCGCUUGAGCAUGCCUCCCCAGGUUGCUACCAUCGACGAGUCCCAAACAUCGGCAUCUGUUUCCACUCCGCGUACCAGUCGCUCUCAUCUUUUGGCUGGACUGCGAACUGCUCCCAAGUCUGCCACAAUCCCCUCUGAACAUCAGCAGCGGAGUGGAAUGGAGGGUGCGCGAUUCACUGGGUAUUCCAACCGAGGGGCCGAACGGGUCCCACAAACUGCGACCGGAACUGGAUUCCCACAGCACAAUUACACCACAAAUCAAAACGCGAACUCGCAGCGCAAUAACUCGCAGCACAACCGCAUGAUGUACACCAUGCCGGAGCAGGUACUUGCACCUCCGACGCUUGAGAUGGCCGGUGGAGAUAUUCCAGUCGAUGAGAAUAUGUACGCGGAAUUGAUGUCAACCAACCUGUUCCUUGCUGCGCAGCAGCAACGCCUGCAACAGCAGUUGAUCAGUGUCACUGCUGCAGCUCAGCAAUUCCAAGGCCUCAACCUUGGAAUGUCCCUUCCUCGGCAGCAACAGGCUCCUUCGCUCUCCAUCCCUGGCAUGGGAUUGUAUCAACAGCAGCUCCAACAAGGCGUUCAGCCCAUUGUGCAGCCGGUCCCUGGUCAACCUGGAAUGUUCUCCGUCUACAAUCCCCUUACUGGCCAACAAAGCUACAUCAUGGAUAACAACCCCCAGGAAGAACCCCAGCAACAAUUCUAUCAAGAUACUCAGUCCCAUAUUGGCCAGCAAGUUCCACAGUUCCCCAAUUUCCCCCCGGUUGGCAGUCCCUCUCCGCCCCACGAAUCGUCUGUGAAUGUUCUCCGCCGAGGCCACCGCAAGAACCCUUCGUUCAACCCAACUAUCAAGACAAACAUUGAUACUGUCAAGGCCAAUGUGGGACCCGGCCCAAGGUCUGCGGCCCUGCCGCCGACACCGGCCACUGGAACAUUUGGACCCGGUCAAAGUCGUGCUGGUGAGCAUCCGAUGCGUCAGCCCCGUGGCCCCCCUUCGCUUGAGGAUCUCGUCGCCAAGCCCACCUCUAAACACGAAGGUAGCAAGAACUUUGCGACCCGUCAGCGACGUCGUGCUGUUCUCAAUCUUGUUCGCGCAGGGAUCGAGCGUCGUGGCGACACACGCAGUUUUGGAUACCAUAGCAGUGGAGGCACUAACACCCCUGCGAGUGAGAAAGAGUUUACCUUCUCGGAUGGCGAUGAUGCCACCGUGCGCAGCGGCGGAAGCCUCUCCAGCAAGCCUAGUCUAGGCAGCCUGCGGGCAGUUGCUAACGGUGCCAUUGGAUCUGAGAGAAGGGAGAAGUCUGGCCGGGACCGCAAGUCCCCGGAUAGUCCCUUCCACAGCGCCACUCCGACUAGCGAGGACGGUGGCUACUUUUACUCAAAGUUUGUCGAUCCCCGCGGGGAUUAUGCUCACUCGCCUAGUGCCAGUGGCACCUCGUCGCCAUCAGUGGCGGAUGUUGUUGCUGGCCAGGGGCCGGCAGUCCAGGCACCAGAACGGCGCAAGACGCCGAUGCUGGUGUUGUCCAGCGCUGAAAAACGCAAGACACCCUUCAUCUAA